ACCUCCUAAUAAUUUUUCCCACCCCCCUCCGAAACACCUCCGUCCUUCUCCAUCUCGGCCUCCAUAUUGCUCGGAGGUCCUCCAUCCCACUGAUUUGGAUCCGACACGUCCAUAUCAACUCCGACACCAAGUUUAAGAACGAAUCGUGAAGAGAAUCGUCCAAUAUGCCGUCCACUGCCCCAACGAACGGCGCCUCUCCUGCCCAACAGAACCUCUCCGCCAACGACAACAUCCUCCGCUUCAGCGCUCCUAGCAGACCGCUGAGCCCGCCCGCCGAGCAUACGCUGUUCCACCCCAAGACGCGAUGCUUUGUCUAUGGUAUGCAACCUCGAGCCGUGCAGGGCAUGCUCGACUUCGAUUUCAUCUGCAAGCGAAAGACUCCUUCGGUCGCCGGCAUCAUCUACACUUUCGGUGGCCAGUUCGUGAGCAAGAUGUACUGGGGAACCAGCGAGACCCUUCUGCCGGUCUAUCAGUCGGUUGAAAAGGCCAUGGCGAAGCACAGCGACGUUGACACCGUCGUGAACUUCGCUUCGUCGCGAUCAGUCUACAGCUCCACCAUGGAGUUGAUGGAAUGCCCGCAAAUCCGGUCCAUUGCAAUCAUUGCCGAGGGUGUGCCAGAGCGACGCGCCCGCGAAAUCCUCCAUGUCGCCAAGAAGAAGGGCAUCACCAUCAUCGGACCUGCCACCGUCGGGGGGAUCAAGCCCGGCGCGUUCAAGAUCGGUAACACUGGCGGCAUGAUGGACAACAUCGUCGCAAGCAAGCUCUACCGCCCCGGCUCCGUCGCAUACGUCUCCAAAUCUGGCGGCAUGUCCAACGAGCUGAACAACAUCAUUUCGCAAAACGCCGACGGUGUCUACGAGGGUGUCGCCAUUGGUGGUGACCGCUACCCCGGGACCUCGUUCAUCGAGCACAUGCUCCGCUACCAAGCCGACCCGGCGUGCAAGAUCCUUCUCCUGCUCGGUGAGGUCGGUGGUGUGGAAGAGUACCGCGUCAUCGAGGCUGUCAAGGCCGGUCAGAUCACCAAGCCCAUUGUUGCAUGGGCCAUUGGAACCGUCGCCGGCAUGCUUAAGACCGAAGUGCAGUUCGGCCACGCCGGCUCCUUCGCCAACAGCCAGCUUGAGACCGCCACGGUCAAGAACCAGAGCAUGCGUGACGCCGGUUUCUUCGUCCCCGACACCUUCGAGGAUCUGCCCAGCACUCUUGCCCAGGUGUACCAGAAGCUCGUCAAGGACGGCACCAUCAAGCCGAAGCCGGAGGUCCAGGUACCCAAGAUUCCCAUGGACUACAGCUGGGCCUCCGAGCUCGGCCUCAUCCGUAAGCCGGCCGCCUUCAUCAGCACCAUCUCCGACGACCGUGGUCAGGAACUGCUGUACGCCGGCAUGCCCAUCAGCGACGUGUUCAAGGAGAACAUCGGCAUCGGUGGUGUCAUGUCGUUGUUGUGGUUCCGUCGGCGGUUGCCCGAUUACGCCAGCAAGUUCCUCGAGAUGGUCCUCAUGUUGACUGCCGAUCACGGUCCGGCCGUCUCGGGUGCCAUGAACACCAUCAUCACCACGAGAGCCGGAAAGGAUCUGGUCUCCGCCUUGGUCAGCGGUCUGUUGACCAUCGGAAGCCGAUUCGGAGGUGCGCUCGAUGGCGCCGCAGAGGAGUUCACCAAGGCGUACGACAAGGGAUUGAGCCCUCGUGACUUUGUUGAUAGCAUGCGGAAGGAGAACAAGCUGAUCCCCGGUAUUGGCCACCGCAUCAAAUCACGCAACAACCCGGAUCUCCGUGUCGAGCUUGUCAAGUCCUACGUGCUCAAGAACUUCCCGUCUUCUGGCCUCCUGCAAUACGCCCUGGCCGUUGAGACAGUGACGACCUCAAAGAAGGACAACCUGAUCCUGAACGUCGACGGCUGCAUCGCCGUGUGCUUCGUCGACCUCCUGAGGUCCUGUGGUGCCUUCUCCGCCGAGGAGGCCGAGGACUACCUCAAGAUGGGCGUCCUGAACGGAUUGUUCGUGCUGGGUCGCAGCAUCGGUUUGAUCGCCCAUUACCUAGAUCAGAAGCGGUUGAAGACCGGAUUGUAUAGGCAUCCUUGGGAUGAUGUCAUGUACAUGAUGCCCGACAUCAAGCAGCCAGGUGGCGUCGGCGGAGGACGUGUCGAGGUUUCUGUUUAAGGUCGAAGUUACCAUGCAC